AUGCCUGUGAAAGCGAUGAGCUUCAAGGCGGAAGGAAGCACCACCAUAUACAAGUUCAGCUCAGAGGAUGAAGUUUAUGUCGAAGCUGUGACAUGCAACGUGCACGGCGCUGAAGAGGAAACGCGUCUGGAAAGCUGCAGAUCACGGGGAAGCAUUUUGAGAGGGACGGACGGGUUCGACGGAGCCAUCCUGUUGGUGCCAGGAAAGCUGAGACGAUGUUUGGUCGGCGUGCAGGAUAGCAGCCACGCUGCGAGAAGGAGAGGGGUAGUAGUGCGGUGUGCUGGAACCAUGGGGACGAAGGAUGUUAGCGUUACCCACGAGGCGGCCGGUUUUGGCGACCUUCACAAGAAAGACAUAUGUCUCGCUGGUCGAAAGGCAAUAUGCUUAUCGCGAAGUCAGUGGCCUCCUGCUGAAUACGUAGACGGCCACGACGGGAUUGGUGGCGCAGCGGACCAUCGGCCAUCUAGAGACCGAUAUCAUCAUGCGGGUAGAGCGGUAUCUGUGGUCGUUGCACAUCAUGGCCUUGAGAACAUGUGUAUACAUGUUUCUUACUGCGAAGUGAUGGAUGUGCGACUCGCCUGGAAGGAGUUUCCGCCCCAUCCAGGGCAUUGUAUCUUCAAGGCGCUGGUAAUUGCCGGCCGCAUCGUGAAUGGGAGGAGGCUUCAUAGAAACGCGUCUUGUCUAGAUGCAAGAUCAGCAGCGUGCAUCCGUAGCAGGAAAUCCUGGGUUGGUGGCGUGGAAGUCUGUGUUCUCUUUCGCCAAUUCAAGGUCGUGACUCUGAAAGCCACCAAUUUCGCGCAGUCGGGGAACAAGUCCUGUGAAAUGCUCCUUGUCAGCCAUCGAUAUCAGCCUGUUGUGAAUAAUGUCGCACAGGAUCAAAAGGGCGGUCCAGAUGACUACUGGAAUAAAGACGGAAGACAAGACUCCGCCAAGCAAUGGCCAAGCCGCUGCGGUCCGCAAUGUCGCCGUCACAGGCCACUUCUUUCACCAACGCUCUUGAUCGGAGGCAAGGUGUGCACAUCUGCAAGUAUCUCAUCUCUCGAAGACCGACGUCGUUGUUGUUCUGCGGGCGAUCUCGCCGUCUCAUUCGAUAUGGGAUGUGUAUGCCGUGUCAGCCUUGUUAGACCCUUUCACGCCCAGCCGAUAGACGAUCAGAAUGUUACUGUUGACUGCGAGUUCGGUAGGAACGCCGAGCUCGGCCGACUUGAACGCCGGCAUAGCCAUUUACGGAAGCACCGUGUCUUCGAGUUGACAGAGUUUGGGCUCAAGGACGGUUUGAACAUCAAAUUUGGGUGA